CGACAGAUGGCGUGUCAAAAUAUCUCUCGCGUGUCCGUCAACAGUUAUCGAAAUAGAUCCGAGUGGAUCGAUGGUUGAAAUCGCGCCGAUAGCGAAGAGAUCGAUGCGUGGGAGAAUCGAUCGCUCCGAGUGCUGGUCUAUCUUUGAUUCAUCGAAGAAACGUUGCUCGAUCCUUUGAAAACGAUUUAAGCGUCGAGAAAAACAACCUUGCUUGCAGACGAGAUGAUUCUGUCCAACCUGACCAACAUUCUCACGCACCUGUUGCACUUUGUCCUUCGUCCUAUUUUCCAUCUCAUCUACAUCAAGAAACCACCGAACAUACCGCCGAUCAGGAAUCCUCUUCUGAAAAUCAACGCUAGCACUCUAGCUAGGAAAAUCAGACGCGGAGAGCUUUCUAGCCGGACUGUAGUGGAAGCAUAUAUCGAGCGUAUUAAAGAGGUGAAUCCUUUCCUAAAUGCAGUAGUAGAGGAACGAUUCGAAGCGGCUGUAAAUGAGGCAAAAAUUUGCGACGCGAAACUUCAGACAGGGAAAGUGACCGCCGCUACGCUGGAAAGGGAGAAACCGUUGUACGGGGUACCUGUUACCAUCAAGGAAACCUGUUCCCUUGCAGGCAUGAGCUACACAGGAGGCACUUGGUCGAGAAAAGGUGUUAAAGCUACGAAAGAUGGAGCAGCAGUGGAGUUAUUAAAGGACGCAGGAGUCAUUCCUUUGUGCGUCACCAACACCCCUGAAAUGUGUUCGGGGAUUCAUACGACGAAUCACCUGUAUGGCACGACAAACAAUCCAUACGAUACGAGGAAAUCGCCUGGAGGAUCCUCGGGGGGAGAGGGCGCGAUACUAGGCGCAGGAGCAUCCGUGUUUGGGCUUGGAUCAGACGUCCUGGGAUCCAUAAGGAUUCCAGGCCUAUUCAAUGGCGUUUUCGGCCACAAGCCUACCUCAGGUAUUACUCCUAACCAGGGACACAUACCGACCUUGGAUAGUCAAUCACCGCUGGGAAAAAUGUUGGUGUGCGGUCCAAUGACGAGAUACGCGGAGGAUCUUCACUUGGGUAUGAAAAUUCUGACCGCCAAAUGCGAGAAACCGUUGGAUCUUGACGUGCCCGUCGACGUGAAGACUCUGAGGGUGUUUUACCUUGACAAUUUCGACAGUUUCUGCGGUAUUAGGUCAACGACAGCUGACAUUAGGCGAAAGAUAGCGCAAGCGACCGAUUACCUGGCCGGGAACGGUGCACGCGUUGAGCACUUGUCGCAAGACUGGGUGUCCGACAUAUACAUAUUCCUGAUGGCCUGCUUUAGCGACGUGCAAAUGCUUGAACUGCAGGAAGAUCCAAAAUUCAACGAGAGAGACAAGAGGCCGUUACUGGAGUUCGUCAAGGCUUUGUUUGGUGUCUCCGAUUACACUCUGACGCUAGCGUACCUACAACUGCUGAAGAGGCAACGAGGAUUCAUAUCACGUUCCAAGGAGGAAUAUUAUCGACAACAAGUGAAGGACAUCGGUGACAGAGUCAACAAACUGCUCGGCAGCGAUGGAGUGUUCAUAUGCCCCGCGUUCUCCCAGCCAACAGACUUAGCAACGAUCAUUUCCCUUCAGACCGAUUCCAUCGUUUACAGCGCGUUCAGCAACAUGAUGAACUUGCCUUCGACCUACGUGCCAAUGGGACUGAAUAGCGACGGAUUACCAGUUGGAUUUCAGGUGAUGGCUGCGUCCUACCAGGACCGUCUUACCUUGGCAGUCGCUAGGGAAUUGGAAACAGUCUUCGGUGGCUGGGUACCACCUCCAAGUUGAACUUCCAUUUCGUAUCAAUUAUUUGUUUCGUCGUUAACAAAUUGAAUACUACUGUUUUGUUGUACGCUGUGAUUUUUUCGCUUUGUUGCAAGAGACCGUAACGAAGCGUCUAUUUUAACGGGAAAACUAGAUGGAGUGAAUGUUAUUUAUUUAUAAUCAGUUAACCGAUACACACUCUUUAUUCGUCGCGGCGUUUCUUAAUAACCACACUGGCGCACCUAUGGAUUCGCAUUAAAUGUGCAAUAACAUACAUUAACGAAUAGUAAAAUUAUCUUUGCUAAAUAAACCGGAGAUAGUAUUUUCAA